AUGGAUGCGGUCAAUGCCAGCUUAAUCGAUGAUAAUCUGACGCUCUUGGAGCCGGGUCCCGCCUCCUUCAUGGUGGUGGACCCGCCCCCAGGCGGCGAGGCGGAACCGAUCCUGGGUCUGUCCCAGGAUCUAGACUUAUUGAACGAGGGUGUGGAUCCGCCUCAAUCGGACUCGAUCUUUCCCAUUGCGCAUGGCCAAUUGGAUUUGAAACCCGAGCAGUAUUCGUCGUUGAUUGAUUUAACGGCGGAUACCAUGUUGAAAGAAGGCUUUGAGCCCAAGGUCAUGGAUAGCUUAGGAUGGGCGGGGGAGGUGGCCAAAGAGAACCGCCCUCAAUCGGUCAGGUUAGACGAAGGGGAAUGUGGGGUGUGUCAGGCCGGGUUUGCUUCGAGUGAAGCCAAGAAAACGCAUCUGUUAGCGUCGCAUCCUUGCGUCAGAGUGUUCCCCUGUGGCCUUUGUCAGGAGCCUUUGUUCUCGUCGGCUCAUUUGAAGGCUCAUAUGCGGAUGCACACCAAAGAGAAGCCUUUGGGGCAGCAACGUCCCCAAGACUUCAAGUGCGAGCACUGUGCCCAAUAUGGCUUGAAUACCAAUGAGAAGCUCUUGUCCCACGUGGAACAAUGUCACGCGUUCCAAUGUCCGUCGUGUCCACUGCAUUUCCCCACGGCCAUGGUGCUCACCCGACAUUACCGACAAAUGCACUUUCAACGCCAUAAAGCGGUUCUCAAGGACAGUCAGGUCUACAUUCCGGCCACGAAAGUCAGUAUUCAACUUCCGGGCAAGUGCAUUUUUUGCCCGGCCAGUGAGAUCUUUGUCACGGCCAAGGCGUUUGACCAACACGUGUUGGAGAAUCAUCCUUAUAAGUGUCCGUUGUGUCCGAAAAUGGUCAAACACUCCACGAGCAUCCGCAAGCAUUUCAAGACCCACCAUAUCAAGCAUCGAGCCGUGUUUUGUCGUCAUUGUGUGAGUGUCUUCACCAAUGAGAAGGACUGUGAGAUCCACAAUCAGUUGUGUCAGGGCUUAGAUCCGAAGCGAUUGAACGCCUUCAAAAUCCCAUCAUUGGAGGAGUUGCAACGGAUUGAGAUCUCUACGCCGGACCCUGACGAUUUUGUGGCGGAAGUGAUUACGGAGAUACCCGCUGUGUUUGAAGAAGGCCCCUGUGACGGCGACUAUGGCGAUAUUGAGGACAUGCCAGUCGAUGAGUACCUCGAUCCCUCAGCGAGGUUUGAGCCGCCUGAUGCUCCCAAAGCUGAUGAUCAGGCAGAGGCCAAUGAGGAGAGUGAGAGUCAGCCGGAGGAAGAGGAAGAAGAAGAAGGCUCACAUCCUUGCAAAAAUUGCGAUGAGGAGUUCGAUUCUGAGCCCGAGUUGUUGGAGCAUAUCGUGGACAAUCACCCCUUCACUUGCCCUGCUUGUCAUCGGCCGUACAAGGCGUACGAUUCGCUGAGGAAACAUUGCCGGGUCAUGCACGAAAACUUGUAUAUAGCGGUAUGUAAGAUAUGUGUCCUGGUGUUCACGGAUGCCGAGUCCAAGCAAUCUCAUCAAAGGCGGGUCCACAAGCAGUCGAGUGCGAUUGAGACGCCCAAACGUCAAACCAACGGACAGUCUCGUGCCAUUCUUGGUCGAUCCAGUAGUACGGAUUCCUCCGAGCCGUGCUUCACGUGUCCGUAUUGUGAUAAGACCUACUUUGUGGCCGACAGUUUGCGGAAGCAUAGCAAAGUCGUCCAUGGCAAGGUUUGUGUCUCAUGUGUGUAUUGUGGUCUCUCCUUCACAUCCAUCGAGGAACGCAAGGUGCAUUUGGCCACCCCCGAGCAUCUCGAAGUUGCUCGAAGUUUUGGGGCUGAACAAUCCAUCGUCAAACCGCCGACCGUUCCGUUGGAAUCUCGUCGAGCAGCAGUUGUCAAAGCACCUGUGCAUCCACCUACCCCCCCAUCAAUACCACAACCCGCCACCUUGUCUCAGUCGCCAAGUCCGACGAAAGUCUCUUCACCCGUUAAGAGACCCGCCAGCGUAGUGAGAAGGUCCACGAACAAGGUACCCCAGUUAUACGAAUGUUUCUGGUGUGACAAGAAAUACGACCUCGGCGACAGUUUGAGGCGACACGCCAAGAAGAUCCACGACCAGUUUGUGUCCGUGUGCAAAUUCUGUCCUAUCUCAUACACCGACGUGGAGGUCCGAGAUGCGCACAUGCUCGAAUCACACCACUACAAGGUGGGCGGCAUUCAACCUCCCACUCCAAGUGUGCCCAUUCAAACAUCGCCCCCACCGCAUCUCGAGAUCAAAUUGGGACCUGAAGCGAACCAAUGCAGCAACUGGAAUUGCAACCUGACCUUCCCGUUCCGAUUCGAUCUCGAGGCUCAUAUCAAAGAGUUCCACCCGAUCCCUUGUCCACUCUGCCCGGAUCGACGCUACCGACAACGAAGGACCCUGCUCAAGCACUGUCGAGACGUCCACAAAGAUUUGCGAGUUUACUUUUGUGAUCAUUGUGACGAGACCUUUUGCAGUGAGAAACAGAGUCUGGUUCAUGCGGACAAUUGUAAGGGGAAUGCAACACUCCCGGAUCCAAUUGAAUCCCGCUCGACUUCCCCGGAUUUUCACGGCUUUGACGGGGUUCCUACGAAGAAACUGAAAUCUCAAAUCAAUGCCACGGAAACAUUCCGAACGGCUUUAAAACAGAUUGAUAAUCCUCUGAACCUCAAUUGGGAAAUCCUGGAGAGGGUCAUUGAGUUCCAGGACUGA